GCGGGUACGUAGAAGUCCGUCCCGUGUUGUCAACCGUCCGCGGGUCGGUGCUGGUACUGGUACCGGUGAACGAAGUGGGACAUUCGGCUCGAACUAAACGUCAGGCCGCGUCUGUGGGAGGGAAAUGUGGACCCUGAAGUCUUCGGAACCGGGAGGAGACACCCACUACCUCCUGCCCGGGAAAGAGUACGUGGUAGGGCGCAAGAACUGUGACAUUCUGCUACCUAAUGACCAGUCCAUCAGCCGGGACCAUGCACGUCUUACUGUCGCUGACCAGACCCUGACCCUGAAGGACAGCUCCAAGUACGGCACAUGUGUCAACAACCAGCGCCUAGCAGACAACCAACCUCUGAAGCUGAACUCGGGGGACAAUGUCAUAUUUGGGGUUUUCCAAAGCAAGUUCAGGGUGGACUUUGAGAAGGUGGUGGUGUGUUCAUCAUGUUUGGACAAUGAUGCUAAGGUGCUGCUCUCUCAGGCCCUGCUGCCUCUGGGUGGCAAGCUGGUCAACGCCUGGACGCAGGAGUGCACUCACCUGGUCAUGCCUUCCGUCAAAGUCACCAUUAAGACUAUUUGUGCUCUGCUGUGCUGUCGACCAAUCAUCAAGCUGGAGUUUUUCACAGAGCUCAGCAAAGCCAUGCAGCAGAAGUCACUUCCUCCUAAGGCUGAAAAUUUCAUCCCUGAGAUUGAUGAGCCAACCUUGAAUAAAGAGGAAGUGGAUCUCAGAGCAAAGCCGAUGCGCAAACGGCUCUUCACAGGAAAAACCUUCCUCUUUCUCAGCACCAAACAGCUAAAGCGUUUGAGUAUCGCGGUGAGCUUUGGCGGUGGAAGGAGCCAGCUGCUGGAGGAGGGCUCAUUGCCCCGGUCUCUGCUUGAGUCUCCGCAGAGCUGUGUGGUUGACAUUGCAACAGCGAACUCCCAGAUUCUGCAUCCUCCCUCCACCGCAGCGUGGGCGAAUUCAGUCAGGAUGAUCCUACAAGAAAAAGGCCUUCGAUUCAUCACAGAGUCUGAGAUUGGAUUGGCAGCCAUCUAUUCCUCCUGUGAAACGUUUUGCAAUCCCUCUAAUCCAUUAACAGACUCAGGGAUUUGGGUUUCAGAUUUGGUGCAAAGUACAAAACCCAGAAUUCCAAGUGCUACGCUUUCCCAGAAUGCCACUGUGGAGGAGACUGUGUUACCUGCAGCAUCUCGAAAUGUCACUGCAUAUGUGGCUAACACAGAACCAUCACAAGGGUGCAACACAUGCACUGUUGCUGAAACGAUGAGCUCAUCAUUUAACACUGUGGAGGACACGGCCCUGCACACGAAGAAGCCCAGGCCAAUAUUCCAAGGCAAAAAGAAGGAUAACACUAGGUUCCUGACUUAUCCCAAGGCCAAUGGUGGCAUGAAAACAUCCCCCCAGAAAAAAAAAAUGUCAACACAAGGUUCCCCACAGAAACAGUCCACUCUUACCAGUUUCUUCCAAAUAGCCAACAAAAAAAGGCCUCGAGAGGAAGAAUCAAAUGCUCUUCAGUCAGACCCAAAGAGGACAUUACCGCCAACCUCCACCACUGCACAAAUCCUGAAAACCUCACAUAUCUCAAAACAGAUUUCCUCCAAAACACCCCCAGUCACACUCACCACAGGCAGGACCCAGAGUCACUCAGGGUCAGGGACUGACCUUUUCAUUGGUCGGUCUAAGGUUCUGUCAGAUGGAGACUCCCACCCUACACAGCAGGGGGCACAGGGUAGGAAAAGGAAGGAGAUGGAAGAACUGGAGUCUAUAAUGUCUGAGGACAUGGCAUGGCCUGACUGGGUCUCCUGUCCUGACAAGCAGGGAGAACAGGGCAGAAAGAGGAAGGAGCUGGAGGAACUGGAGUCCAUAAUGUCUGAAGACAUGGGUUUGCCUGAUGGGGUCUCCCGUUCUUCCAAGCAGAGAGAACAGGGCAAAAAGAAGAAGGAGCUGGAGGAACUGGAAUCCAUAAUGUCUGAAGACAUGGGUUUGCCUGAUGGGGUCUCCCGUUCUUCCAAGCAGAGAGAACAGGGCAAAAAGAAGAAGGAGCUGGAGGAACUGGAAUCCAUAAUGUCUGAAGACAUGGGUUUGCCUGAUAGGGUCUCCCGUUCUGCCAAGCAGGGAGAACAGGGCAGAAAGAAGAAGGAGCUGGAGGAACUGGAGUCCAUAAUGUCUGAAGACAUGGGUUUGCCUGAUAGGGUCUCCCGUUCUGCCAAGCGGGGAGAACAGGGCAGAAAGAGGAAGGAGCUGGAGGAACUGGAGUCCAUAAUGUCUGAAGACAUGGGUUUGCCUGAUGGGGUCUCCCACCUUGCCAAGCAGCGAGAACAGAACAGAGGGAAGAAGGUGGUGGAAGGCAUACCUUUGGAGGAACUGGAGUCCAUCAUGUCUGAGGACAUAACUUUGCCUGAUGGAGUCACCCACCCUACUAAGCAGAGAGAACAGGGUAGAGCUAGAAAGGAGAUAGAAGAAAGGAUACACGUGGCGGAACUAGAGUCCAUAAUGUCUGAAGACAUGGCUUUGCCUUAUGGGGUCUCCCAAUCAGCCCCACAGGAGGCACGGGGCAGGAAGAGGAAAGAGAUGCAGAACGAGAUACAAAUGGAAGAACUGGAGUCUAUAAUGUCUGAAGACAUGGAUUAUUUUGAUGUUGAUAAGUUAGCUAGGCCCAGUCAGCAGGCGAAGCAAAACGUGUCAAAAGGCUCAACUGAUCAGAAACAGCAGUUGAAUCCUGUGAAACAUUCAACCAUGCGGAAGAGACUAUGGGCUGACCCAGAGGAGAAUGCUAAGUCCAACCAAAGGCCAAGUGUGAGCCUGGACAAAGGGUCCAUGUCAAAUAAAAACCAGAGCCUCGAAAUGAGGAAACAUACCUCCUCCACUGAGAAACAGCAACUGUGCCCUCCAGAACAGGCGACUGCCAAGCAAAGACCCAGCAACUCUCCAGAGCAGGGACCAUCAGCCAAAAAAAAUCGGCAUAUGGAUGACUUGAAAGAUGAAGAGGAUUCAGAACCCUUCAGUAGAGGUGUUGGCCAACCUGUGGAGGUGAAGGAGACCCCUCUAAAACCCACCGUGGUCAAACCGGAGGCUCCACAGGUGUCGGAGGCAGAAGAUCAUCUUCCCAAAAGGCUUGUGUUGGUGGAGUUUAAAUUGCUCACUGUGACGGCACCCUCACGAAACAAACCACAAGAGAAGCAGAGCAACGGCUUCACUAAGAGCUUCAAGCACUUCCGCAAGGUCCCGGUGCCUGGCACAGUGGGUGCACCUCAAGUCAUUGGAGGGUCUGGUUUAAUGGCCAGCAACAGGGGCAAGAAUUCUGAGCUGGAUGAAUGGUUCAGAGAUAUAGCUGAGGAGGAGCACCAGAGCAGACAGGAGGAGAGUCUGGGAGAUGACCUGUUCAGGUACAACCCCAGCAAGCCGAAGAGGAGAAGAUAAAACCCCCGCAUCUUGAAGUGGGCACAGAGGAAGAAACGUCUUCGGGUGCCGCGGAAGGCUUGUCAAAUUAUCCCAGAACACAAUUUGAAAAUGUUUUAUAACUUUUUUCACUUUGACAGACUAUCUCUACUCGCAUUUCAUCCACUUAUUUGACUGAAUAAGAUUCAAAAUUAAUGUCACGAUAACAUCAAUGACCCCAGUUGUGAGUCGGAAGUUGAUGCUAUUACGCGUUUUGUCGCUUAUUAUAACCGGCAUGCAUGUCUUCAUGUCCACACUUAAGUGUCAAUUUUACUAAUCGGCCGCUGACAGCAAGCAAUGUAAACAAGUGUUAGAAGUUCAGAGAUCUUUUUUUUUUUCUUUAUUUUUUUUUUUUUCAAAUUGUCAAUAAUAAAAAAAUACAGUGUACAAAACAUUAAAAACCAGUUUAAACUGUACAAGAGGGCAGAGUCUAACUCCACAAGCGCAAAGCAGCUUGUCUUCUGUCUGCAAAAGGAGACCGAAAAAAGCUCCCCGGUGUUAGUCGUGCCGGGAACUGGUUAACCCGGGAACAGGAGAGGGGUACAAAAAUCCUUCCAUGUCCGCUAACCCGACCCGUUCCCCCCCCCUGACCGGGCGGGUGAUCGCCACACCGGCAUGUCUGUCUCUGGUGUGCCUAUGGUUGACCCUUACCCUGUCCUCUCAGAUCCACAUCCAAGUGUUGCAGGUUAACCCUAGAGUUUGGUGGACAUUUUGGAGAACCCCAGCGCACGCUUCGGCCAGCAUCCGCUGCAUUGAAAGGCCCUUUAGCGAAGCCGGCGGAUCCCUGCCGGCUUCGGGGUUGCUUUUCUGCCGCUCACCCCCCGCGUCUCCGACCUCCUCGAGGAGGGAAGUGAGCAAGCGUAGAGACUUAAGUUUCCCUCUCAGGAGAUUAUUAAGGUGUCGCGUUAAAGGGAGCGUUGGCUGUGCGGGAGCUUAACGCUCAGAAGAACUGUAUACUUGGCACGCAGUGUUCGCAAGCAGUUACUGCAAUUAAAAACAUGAAAACACGAGCGGAUGCCAACGCCCCCCUCCUCCCCCCUCCUGAACAGUUAUCCAACAGAGGUCACUACAUUAUUAGAUGCAAGGCUUAUUAACAAUAUUUUGCAAGGUGCUGUUUGAAACAUGCCCGGGGAAUUUGUAAAGACCCACGUGGGUUGUCUACGUCGCUGCAGCUCAUGCCUGUCAAGUAUUGGUGGGGGCAGCUACGCACAAAAGAGAGAAAAAAAAGGCUAACGUCAUGACAGGGUUAGGAAAAUCCCUGUUUGAACUAGGCUCACCGAUGGUAAAAUGUGGUUGGGAAUAUUAAACUUGAUA